AUGGCCUUCGUGCCGACCCCCAGCCCAACGGUGGUGGACCAGACAACCCUCAUGAAGAAGUACCUGCAGUUUGUGGCAGCUCUCACGGACAACAACACCCCUGAUGAAACAAAGUUGAAGAUGAUGCAGGAGGUCAGCGAGAACUUUGAGAAUGUGACAUCAUCACCACAGUACUCCACCUUCCUGGAACACAUCAUCCCUCGCUUCCUUACCUUCCUCCAGGACGGAGAGGUGCAGUUCCUGCAGGAGAAGCCCACACAGCAACUGAGGAAGCUAGUGCUGGAGAUCAUCCACCGGAUCCCAACUAAUGAACACCUGAGACCUCACACCAAGAACAUUCUGUCUGUCAUGUUUCGCUUCCUGGAGAUUGAGAGCGAGGAGAACGUGCUGAUAUGCCUGCGUAUCAUUAUUGAACUGCACAAACAGUUCCGUCCACAGAUCUCUCAAGAGAUUCAUCACUUUCUGGAUUUUGUGAAGCAGAUCUAUAAGGAGCUGCCUAAAGUAGUGGCUCGGUACUUUGAGAAUCCCCAGGUGAUAGCUGAGAACACUGUGCCUUCUCCUGAGAUGGUGGGCAUGAUCACCUCAGUGUUGGUGAAGACCGCCCCCGAGAGGGAGGACAGUGAAACACGCACACACACCAUCAUCCCACGGGGGUCCCUGUCCCUGAAGGUGCUGGCUGAGCUGCCUAUCAUCGUGGUGCUCAUGUACCAGCUGUAUAAACUGAACAUCCAUAACGUGGUGUCUGAGUUUGUCCCCCUCAUCAUGAACACUAUCAUGCUGCAGGUUUCUCCUCAGGCCAGGCAACACAAGCUGUAUAACAAGGAGCUGUAUGCUGACUUUAUCGCUGCUCAGAUCAAGACCCUGUCCUUCCUGGCCUACAUCAUCCGCAUUUACCAGGACCUGGUAGGGAAGUACUCCCAGCAGAUGGUAAAGGGCAUGCUGCAGCUGCUGACCAACUGUCCCUCGGAGACAGCCCAUCUACGCAAGGAACUGCUCAUCGCUGCCAAACACAUCCUCACCACAGACCUUCGCAGCCAGUUCAUCCCUUGCAUGGACAAACUUUUUGAUGAGUCCAUACUGAUCGGGUCUGGCUACACAGCCCGGGAGACACUGAGACCCCUGGCCUACAGCACGCUGGCAGACCUGGUGCACCACGUGCGUCAGAACCUGCCUCUCACAGACCUGUCUCUGGCCGUGCAGCUGUUUGCCAAGAACAUAGAUGACGAGUCUCUCCCCAGCAGCAUCCAGACCAUGUCCUGCAAACUUCUGCUUAACCUGGUCGACUGCAUCCGCUCCAAGAGUGAACAGGAGAACGGCAACGGACGGGACAUACUGAUGAGAAUGCUGGAAGUGUUUGUGCUGAAGUUCCACACCAUCGCUCGCUACCAGCUCGCAACCAUCUUCAAGAAGUGCAAGCCCCAGUCAGAGAUGGGUGUGGUCGAACCUCAGGGGGCGCUACCCGGUGUCCCCACAACUCCUGCCCUCCCAGCCACCCCUGUCCUCCCUGCCCUGCCUCCCCUUGCGCCCCCUAACCCCGUCACCCCCGCCCCUCCCGCCCCCGCCACCCCCUUCGACCGGCUGGGAGAGAAGGAGGACAAGCAGACAUUCCAGGUGUCGGACUGUCGCAGCCUGGUGAAGACACUGGUCUGUGGGGUGAAGACCAUCACCUGGGGAAUCACUUCCUGCAAGGCUCCUGGAGAGGCCCAGUUCAUUCCUAACAAGCAGCUUCAGCCCAAGGAGACUCAGAUCUACAUCAAGCUGGUGAAAUACGCAAUGCAGGCCUUGGACAUCUACCAGGUACAGAUUGCCAACAACCAGCAGACGUACAUCAGAGUGGCUAACUGUCAGACGGUGCGUAUGAAGGAGGAGAAGGAGGUGCUGGAGCACUUUGCUGGGGUCUUCACCAUGAUGAACCCCCUCACCUUCAAGGAGAUCUUCCAGACCACAGUCCCCUACAUGGUGGAGAGGAUCUCCAAGAACUACGCCCUGCAGAUCGUGGCUAACUCGUUCCUUGCUAACCUGUCUACGUCGGUCCUGUUUGCCACCAUCCUGGUGGAGUACCUUCUGGAGAGACUACCUGAGAUGGGCUCCAACGUAGAGCUGUCCAACCUCUACCUCAAGCUAUUCAAACUGGUCUUCGGAUCUGUCUCGCUGUUCGCUGCUGAGAACGAGCAGAUGCUCAAGCCCCACCUCCACAAGAUAGUGAACAGCUCCAUGGAACUGGCACAGUCUGCUAAGGAACCAUAUAACUACUUCCUGCUUCUCAGGGCUCUCUUCCGUUCAAUUGGUGGAGGCAGCCAUGACCUGCUUUACCAGGAGUUCCUGCCCCUACUACCCAACCUGCUGCAGGGCCUCAACAUGCUCCAGAGUGGUCUCCAUAAGCAGCACAUGAAGGACCUGUUUGUGGAGCUGUGUCUGACGGUGCCUGUGAGGUUGAGCUCCCUGCUGCCCUACCUGCCCAUGCUGAUGGACCCGCUGGUCUCUGCUCUGAAUGGCUCCCAGACGCUGGUCAGCCAGGGCCUCCGCACCCUGGAGCUCUGUGUGGACAACCUGCAGCCAGACUUCCUCUACGAUCAUAUACAGCCCGUCAGAGCAGAGCUUAUGCAGGCGUUGUGGCGGACGCUGCGUAACCCAGCUGAGACCAUCAGCCAUGUGGCGUACCGGGUGCUGGGGAAGUUUGGCGGCAGCAACAGGAAGAUGCUGAAGGAAUCCCAGAGACUGCAGUACGUGGUGACUGAGGUUCAGGGACCCAGCAUCAAGGCAGAGUUCACUGACUGCAAGGCCUCUAUACAACUGCCCAUGGAGAAGGCUAUAGAGACGGCUCUGGAUUGUCUGAAGAGUGCCAACACGGAGCCGUACUACAGACGGCAGGCCUGGGAGGUCAUCAAGUGUUUCCUGGUUGCCAUGACAAGCCUGGACGACAACAAACACGCCCUGUACCAGCUACUGGCUCACCCCAAUUUCACAGAGAAGUGGAUCCCUAGUGUGAUCAUCUCCCACCGCUACAAGGCCCAGGACACACCGGCCCGCAGGACUUUUGAACAGGCACUGACCGGUGCAUUCAUGUCUGCUGUCAUUAAGGACCUCCGCCCCAGCGCUCUGCCCUUUGUGGCCAGCCUCAUCAGACACUACACCAUGGUGGCUGUCGCUCAGCAGUGUGGUCCGUUCUUGCUGCAGUGCUACCAGUUGGGCAGCCAGCCCAACACAGCUAUGUUCCACAGUGAGGAGAACGGUUCUAAGGGCAUGGAUCCGCUGGUUCUGAUCGACGCCAUCGCCAUCUGCAUGGCCUACGAGGAAAAGGAGCUGUGUAAAAUAGGAGAGGUGGCUCUGGCUGUUAUCUUCGAUGUAGCCUCCAUCAUCCUGGGGUCCAAGGAGAGGGCGUGCCAGCUGCCUCUGUUCUCAUACAUCGUGGAGCGUCUGUGUGCAUGCUGCUAUGAGCAGGCCUGGUACGCCAAGCUGGGCGGGGUUGUGUCCAUUAAGUUCCUGAUGGAGAGACUACCUCUCAUCUGGGUCUUGCAGAACCAACUCACCUUCCUCAAGGCUCUGCUCUUUGUCAUGAUGGAUCUCACUGGAGAGGUGUCUAAUGGUGCAGUAGCCAUGGCGAAGACCACUCUGGAGCAGCUCCUGGUCCGUUGUGCCACCCCUCUGAAGGAUGAGGAGAAGACUGAGGAGCUGCUGGCUGCUCAGGACAAGUCCUUCCACAUGGUCACCCAUGACCUGGUGAGAGAGGUCACCUCCCCCAACUCCACGGUCAGGAAGCAGGCCAUGCACUCCCUGCAGGUGCUAGCUCAGGUCACCGGGAAGAGUGUCACCAUCAUCAUGGAGCCACACAAAGAGGUGCUACAGGACAUGAUCCCCCCUAAGAAACACCUGCUGCGCCACCAGCCGGCCAACGCCCAGAUCGGCCUGAUGGAGGGCAAUACCUUCUGCACCACCCUGCAGCCACGCCUCUUCACCAUGGACCUCAACGUCAUGGAGCACAAGGUCUUCUACACAGAGCUGUUGAAUCUGUGUGAGGCUGAGGACGCUGCUCUGAUGAAACUGCCCUGCUAUAAGAGCCUGCCCUCUCUGGUUCCCCUGCGCAUCGCUGCCCUUAAUGCCCUGGCAGCUUGUAACUACCUGCCUCAGUCCAGAGAGAAGAUCAUUGCUGCCCUGUUCAAAGCCCUCAACUCUACCAACUCUGAACUGCAGGAGGCAGGAGAGGCCUGUAUGAGGAAGUUCCUGGAAGGGGCCACCAUCGAGGUGGACCAGAUCCACACCCACAUGCGCCCUCUGUUGAUGAUGCUGGGGGACUACCGCAGUCUGACCCUCAACGUGGUCAACCGCCUCACCUCGGUCACACGCCUCUUCCCCAACUCCUUCAACGACAAGUUCUGUGACCAGAUGAUGCAACACCUUAGGAAGUGGAUGGAGGUGGUAGUGAUAACUCACAAGGGAGGCCAGCGCAGUGAUGGCAGUGAAAUGAAGAUAUGUUCGGCCAUUAUCAACCUGUUCCACCUGAUCCCAGCAGCUCCUCAGACUCUGGUCAAACCUCUGCUGGAGGUGGUCAUGAAGACCGAGCGGGCCAUGCUUAUAGAGGCUGGCAGUCCGUUCAGGGAGCCCCUGAUCAAGUUCCUGACGCGUCACCCGUCCCAGACCGUAGAGCUGUUCAUGAUGGAGGCCACACUCAAUGACCCACAGUGGAGCCGCAUGUUCAUGAGUUUCCUGAAGCAUAAAGAAGCCAAGCCCCUGAGGGACGUGCUAGCCUCCAACCCGAGCCGCUUCGCCCCCCUGCUGGUCCCUGCUGGUACCGCAGCCACCGCUAGACCUGGGUCCCCCUCCACCAACACAGCCAGGCUUGACCUGCAGUUCCAGGCCAUCAAGAUUAUCAGCAUCAUAGUGAAGAAUGAGGAGGGCUGGUUGGCGGGCCAGCACUCUCUGGUCAGCCAGCUCAGACGGGUCUGGGUCAGCGAGGCCUUCCAGGAACGACACCGCAAAGACAACAUGGCCGCCAUCAACUGGAAGGAGCCCAAGCUGCUGGCCUACUGCCUGCUCAGCUACUGCAAACGAAACUUCAAUGAGAUCGAGCUGCUGUUCCAGCUGCUGAGGGCGUUUACGGGUCGUUUCCUGUGCAACAUGACCUUCCUAAAGGACUACAUGGAGGAGGAGAUCCCUAAGAACUACAGCAUCGCUCACAAACGAGCCCUCUUCUUCCGCUUCGUAGAGUUCAACGACCCACACUUCAACGACGAGCUCAAAGCCAAGGUGUUACAGCACAUCCUGAACCCAGCGUUCCUGUACAGCUUUGAGAAGGGGGAGGGGGAGCAGCUUCUGGGACCGCCCAACCCCGAGGGAGACAACUCCGAGAGCAUCACCAGUGUCUUCAUCACCAAGGUCCUGGAUCCAGAAAAGCAGGCAGACCUCCUAGAUUCCCUCCGUAUCUACCUGCUCCAGUUCUCUACUCUCCUGGUGGAGCACGCCCCCCACCACAUCCACGACAACAACAAGUCCCGGAACAGCAAGUUGCGGCGCCUCAUGACCUUCGCCUGGCCAUGCCUGCUGCCCAAGGCCUGUGUUGACCCUGCCUGCAAGUACAGCGGCCACCUGCUCCUGGCACACAUCAUCGCGAAGUUCGCCAUCCACAAGAAGAUCGUACUGCAGGUGUUCCACAGCCUGCUGAAGGCCCACACUAUGGAGGCCAGGGCUAUCGUCCGCCAGGCUAUGGCCAUCUUGACCCCGGCCGUGCCAGCCCGCAUGGAGGACGGACACCAGAUGCUGACCCACUGGACACGCAAGAUCAUCGUGGAGGAGGGACACACCGUCCCUCAACUGGUCCAUAUACUGCAUCUUAUCGUCCAGCACUUCAGAGUGUACUACCCGGUGCGUCACCACCUGGUGCAGCACAUGAUCAGUGCCAUGCAGCGUCUGGGCUUCACCCCCAGUGUGACUAUUGAACAGAGGAAGCUGGCUGUGGACCUGGCUGAAGUUGUCAUCAAGUGGGAACUACAGAGGAUCAAAGACGCACUGCCGGAGGCGGAGGGGGCCGACCCAGGUGGUAGUGGUGAGGGGACCAGUGCAGGCGGUACUGGGGGGGUGAAGAGAGGCCUCUCCAUGGACUCUGGUGCCGGACAGGACGUCAAGAGGUUCCGUACCGCCACUGGAGCUGUCGCCGCAGUGUUUGGCCGCAGUACAUCCAUGCCGGCAACAGAGACUCUCCUCACCAAGCCAGUGGAGAAACAACACACAGACACCGUGGUCAACUUCCUCAUCCGCAUCGCCUGCCAGGUCAAUGACAGUGCCAACGUGGCGGGGUCUCCAGGUGAGCUCCUGUCCCGUCGCUGUGUAAGCCUGAUGAAGACUGCCCUCCGCCCUGACAUGUGGCCCAGAGCUGAGCUCAAACUACAGUGGUUUGACAAACUCCUCAUGACUGUGGAGCAGCCAGCCCAGGCUAACUUCUCUAACAUCUGUACUGGCCUGGAGAUCCUGUGCUUCCUGCUGACGGUACUCCAGUCCCCAGCCAUCCUAACCCACUUCAAGCCCCUCCAGAGGGGCAUUGCUGCCUGCAUGACCUGCGGCAACACCAAAGUCCUGCGGGCCGUCCACUCUCUGCUAUCCAGACUGAUGAGCGUAUUCCCCACCGAGCCCAGCACGUCAACUGUGGCGUCUAAGUAUGAGGAGUUGGAGUGUCUGUAUGCAGCGGUGGGGAAAGUAAUCUACGAGGGCCUCACCAACUAUGAGAAGGCCACCAGUAGUGCUAACCCAACACAGCUGUUUGGUACGUUGAUGAUUCUGAAGUCGGCUUGUAGUUACAACUCCAGCUACAUUGACAGGCUCAUCUCUGUGUUCAUGCGCUCGCUGCAAAAGAUGGUCCGAGAACACCUCAGUCCCCAGCAGGCCACCCCCGGGCCCACCGAGGCCAGCACAGUGACUAGCGAACUAGUGAUGCUGUCUCUGGACCUGGUGAAGAGUCGUCUGUCCGUCAUGUCCAUUGAGAUGAGGAAGAACUUCAUCCAAGUCAUCCUCACGUCGCUCAUCGAGAAGUCGCCUGACGCCAAGAUCCUCCGCGCCAUCGUCAAGAUCGUGGAGGAGUGGGUUAAGAACAACUCCCCCAUGGCAGCAAACCAGAUGCCCAAUCUUCGUGAGAAGUCCAUUCUGCUGGUGAAGAUGAUGACCUAUAUAGAGAAGCGUUUCCCUGAUGACCUUGAGUUAAAUGCCCAAUUUCUGGACCUCGUUAAUUACGUUUACAGGGACGAGAGUCUUUCAGGAAGUGACAUCACGUCGAAGUUGGAGCCGGCCUUUCUGUCGGGGCUGCGUUGCGCCCAGCCUCUGAUCAGGGCUAAGUUCUUUGAGGUGUUUGACCUCUCCAUGAAGAGACGUGUCUACGAGAGGCUACUCUACAUCUGCUGCUCUCAGAACUGGGAGGCCAUGAGCAGCCACUUCUGGAUCAAACAAUGCAUAGAGCUGCUACUGGCGGUGUGUGAGCGUAACAGCAUCAUCGGGACCAGCUGCCAGGGCUCCAUGCUCCCAUCCAUCACCAACGUCAUCAAUCUGGCCGACAGCCACGACCGUGCCGCCUUCGCCAUGGCAACCCACAUCAAGCAAGAGCCCAGAGAGAGGGAGAACAGCGAGACCAAGGAGGAGGAUGUGGAGAUCGACAUAGAGCUAGCCCCAGGGGACCAGACAGCCAUCCCCAAGAACAAGGAGCAGGCAGAGAAAGACACAGGCAACCAGCUGCACAUGCUCACCAACCGCCACGACAAGUUCCUCGAUUCCCUUAGAGAGGUCAAGACGGGGGCGCUGCUGAACGCCCUGGUCCAGCUGUGUCACAUCUCCACCCCCUUGGCUGAGAAGACCUGGGUACAGCUGUUCCCUCGACUGUGGAAAAUCCUCUCUGACCGACAGCAACACGCCCUGUCAGGUGAGAUGAGUCCUUUCCUGUGCAGUGGGAGCCACCAGGCUCAGAGGGAUUGCCAGCCCAGUGCCCUCAACUGCUUCGUGGAGGCAAUGUCCCAGUGUGUGCCCCCUAUCCCCAUCAGGCCCUGUGUGUUGAAGUACCUGGGGAAGACUCACAAUCUGUGGCUGCGCUCCACUCUGAUGCUGGAACAGCAGGCCUUUGAGAAGGGCCUCAGCCUUCACAGCAAGCCCAAACAGAGCACCAACGAGUUCUACGAACAGGAGAGCAUCACUCCACCACAACAGGAGAUCCUGGACUCCCUGGCAGAGCUGUACUCUCUACUGCAGGAGGAGGACAUGUGGGCGGGGCUGUGGCAGAAACGCUGCAAGUUCCCAGAGACCUCCACGGCUAUUGCCUACGAGCAGCAUGGCUUCUUCGAACAGGCCCAGGAGAGCUAUGAGAAGGCCAUGGAAAAAGCCAGGAAGGAACACGAGAGGAGCAACGCCUCUCCUGCCAUCUUACCGGAGUACCAACUCUGGGAGGACCACUGGAUACGCUGUUCUAAAGAGUUGAACCAGUGGGAGCCUCUGACAGAGUACGGCCAGUCGAAAGGCAACAGCAACCCCUACCUGGUACUGGAGUGUGCCUGGAGAGUCUCCAACUGGGGCGCCAUGAAGGAAGCGCUGGUACAGGUGGAGCUGAGUUGUCCUAAGGAGAUGGCGUGGAAGGUGAACAUGCACCGUGGUUACCUGGCUAUCUGCCAUCCAGAGGAGCAGCAGCUCAACUUCAUAGAACGGCUGGUGGAGAUGGCCUCCAGUCUGGCCAUACGGGAGUGGAGGAGACUGCCUCACAUCGUGUCCCACGUACACACACCACUACUUCAGGCUGCCCAGCAGAUCAUCGAGCUCCAGGAGGCGGCCCAGAUCAACGCUGGACUGCAGCCAGCUAACCUGGGCCGUAACACCAGCCUCCACGACAUGAAGACUGUGGUGAAGACCUGGAGGAACAGGCUGCCCAUCGUCUCUGACGACCUCUCCCACUGGAGCAGCAUCUUCAUGUGGCGGCAGCACCACUACCAGGCCAUCGUGACGGCGUAUGAGACCAACACGCAGCACGACCCCAACACCAGCAAUGCCAUGCUGGGGGUCCACGCCUCCGCCUCUGCCAUCAUCCAAUAUGGCAAGAUAGGACGCAAACAGGGUCUUGUGAACGUGUCUCUGGACAUCCUGAGUCGUAUCCACACCAUCCCCACGGUGCCCAUCAUAGACUGCUUCCAGAAGAUCCGCCAGCAGGUCAAAUGUUACCUGCAGCUGGCUGGGGUCAUGGGCAAGAACGAGUGUAUGCAGGGUCUGGAGGUGAUAGAGUCGACCAACCUGAAGUACUUCACCAAGGAGAUGACAGCUGAGUUCUACGCUCUCAAAGGCAUGUUCCUGGCUCAGAUCAACAAGUCAGAGGAGGCCAACAAGGCGUUCUCGGCAGCGGUCCAGAUGCAUGAUGUCCUGGUGAAGGCCUGGGCCAUGUGGGGGGACUACCUGGAGAACAUCUUCGUUAAGGAGCGCCAGCUGCACCUGGGUGUCUCUGCCCUCACCUGCUACUUGCACGCCUGCCGACAUCAGAACGAGAGCAAGUCACGCAAGUACCUUGCCAAGGUGCUGUGGUUGCUGAGCUUUGAUGACAAGAACACCCUGGCGGAUGCCGUGGACAAGUACUGCAUUGGGGUGCCGCCCAUCCAGUGGUUGGCAUGGAUACCACAGCUCCUGACCUGCCUGGUGGGGUCAGAGGGCAAACCCCUGCUCAACCUCAUCAGCCAGGUGGGACGAGUGUACCCCCAGGCAGUCUACUUCCCCAUCCGCACCCUCUACCUGACGCUCAAGAUAGAGCAGAGGGAACGCUACAAGUCCGACCCAGGCCCCAUCAGGGCCACGGCCCCUAUGUGGCGCUGCAGCAGGAUCAUGCACAUGCAGAGAGAGCUGCACCCCACCCUGCUCUCCUCUCUGGAGGGCAUUGUGGACCAGAUGGUCUGGUUCAGAGAGAACUGGCACGAAGAGGUCCUGAGACAGCUCCAGCAGGGUCUGUUUAAGUGCUACUCGGUGGCGUUCGAGAAGAGCGGCGCCGUGUCGGACGCCAAGAUCACGCCGCACACGCUGAACUUCGUCAAGAAGCUGGUGAGCACUUUUGGCGUGGGGCUGGAGAACGUCUCCAACGUUUCCACCAUGUUCUCCAGCGCGGCGUCCGAGUCGCUCGCCCGCCGAGCCCAGGCCACCGCUCAGGAUCCGGUCUUCCAGAAGAUGAAGGGACAGUUCACCACAGACUUUGACUUCAGCGUGCCUGGCUCCAUGAAACUCCACAACCUCAUCUCUAAGCUCAAGAAGUGGAUCAAGAUCCUGGAGGCCAAGACCAAGCAGCUGCCCAAGUUCUUCCUGAUCGAGGAGAAGUGCCGCUUCCUCAGCAACUUCUCAGCCCAGACCGCCGAGGUGGAGAUCCCUGGGGAGUUCCUCAUGCCCAAACCCACACACUAUUACAUCAAGAUCGCACGGUUCAUGCCCAGAGUGGAGAUAGUCCAGAAACACAACACGGCAGCACGACGUCUCUACAUCAGAGGUCACAAUGGGAAGAUCUACCCCUACCUGGUGAUGAACGAUGCCUGUCUGACUGAGUCCCGCAGGGAGGAGAGGGUCCUGCAGCUACUGAGGCUGCUCAACCCCUGUCUGGAGAAGAGGAAGGAGACCACCAAGAGACACCUCUUCUUUACUGUCCCCAGGGUGGUAGCUGUGUCUCCUCAGAUGCGUCUGGUAGAGGACAACCCAUCAUCUCUGUCUCUGGUGGAGAUCUAUAAGCAACGCUGUGCCAAGAAAGGCAUUGAGCACGACAACCCCAUCUCACGCUACUACGACCGCCUGGCUACUGUACAGGCUAGAGGCACACAGGCCAGCCACCAGGUGCUGCGUGACAUUCUGAAGGAGGUGCAGGGGAACAUGGUACCUCGCAGCAUGCUGAGGGAGUGGGCGUUACACACCUUCCCCAACGCUACAGACUACUGGACCUUCAGAAAGAUGUUCACCAUCCAGCUGUCUCUCAUCGGCCUGGCUGAAUUCAUGUUACACCUCAACCGCCUCAACCCUGAGAUGCUGCAGAUAGCACAGGACACGGGGAAGCUGAAUGUGUCUUACUUCCGCUUUGACAUCAACGAUGCCACUGGUGACCUGGACGCCAACCGGCCCGUGCCCUUCCGUCUGACGCCCAACAUCUCAGAGUUCCUGACCACCAUCGGCGUCUCUGGCCCCCUCACCGCCUCCAUGAUUGCUGUGGCACGCUGCUUUGCUCAACCCAACUUCAAGGUGGACGGCAUCCUGAAGGCGGUGCUCCGUGACGAGAUCAUUGCGUGGCACAAGAAGACCCAGGAGGACACGUCCAUGCCCCUGUCCCCAGCAGGCCAGCCUGAGAACAUGGACUCCCAGCAGCUAGUGUCCCUGGUGCAGAAGGCUGUGACGGCCAUAAUGACCAGGCUCCACAACCUGGCCCAGUUCGAGGGAGGGGAGUCAAAGGUCAACACCCUGGUGGCUGCUGCCAACAGCCUGGACAACCUCUGUCGCAUGGACCCUGCCUGGCACCCCUGGCUAUAA